GGCAGGGAGGACCGGGAGGGAGGAGUGAGCAGCAGCGCCUGUGUGGGAGCGGGGGACGGGAAAGGACGGAGCCGCAGCUGGACGAGAUGUCAGACAGGCGGAGAGUCGCUUCGUGAUUCGGAGGAGGCUUCGGGAGAGCGGGGCACAGAGGAUCGAGCACCUCCCCACCACUGUAUCUGUCACGGUGUAUGUGGAGAAGACUCGGCUCGAACCUUGGACUCAAUCAUGGAGCUCAGGCUCGCGCUCACCUGGAUUCUGGCGGGUGUGUUCCUGCGGGCGCGCGCCUCCCACGUGAACACAGUCCUGAACUGCUGCGAGGGGGACGUUCUGUUUGUGCUCGACUCCUCGGGCAGCGUCUCAUCCUAUGAGUUCUCUCGCAUGCUGGCCUUCCUGUCUGAGCUGCUGCAGCCCUUCUCCUUGGGGCCUGACCAGGUGCAGGUGGGGCUCCUCCAGGUGGGCACUGUGCCCCACCUGCAGUUCAGCUUCGGCUCCCACAGCACCCAGGAGGGCCUGCAGGCGGCACUGAUUGACACGCAGCAGCUGCGAGGGGACACCAACACGGAGGCAGCCCUGAAGCUGGCGCGGGAGGAGGUUAUGAGGCCUGGUAGAGUGCAUGGGGCCAGAGAGGGGCUCCCCAAGGUAUUGGUGUGGGUCACUGAUGGGCUGCAGCCAGGGGCAGUGGAGGAACCCAUGGCAGCCCUUCGCCAGGAUGGUGUUGCAGUGCUGGCAGUCUCCACGGGACACGGGAACUACCAGGUGCUGCGCAAGGUGGUGACCCCACCCACCAGCUCCCAUUUGUACUUCGUGGACGUCGAUGACAUGAGCAUCAUCACUGAGCAGCUCAGAGAUGCCAUCGUCGAGAUCAUCCGGGCUGAGCGGCUGCAGGUUCGAAAUGUGACUGCGCACAGUGCCGUCCUGCAUUGGCGACCCAUUCUGAGUGCUGGCACUGGGUACUACAACAUCCGGGUCGGGCCAGUUCCACAAGAGGAAGGAGCAGAUGGCGCUACGGGGGGCGGAUCGGGCACCAGUCCCAGCACUAGUGGGGCCGAGUACCAGCGAGUGACCCGUCCGGGAGACGCUAAACAUGCUGAGCUCAGCAGACUUCGGCCCGGGGUCACCUAUAGGGCCACGCUGACACCGGAGUCCAAAGUGAUGCUUUUGAAGCCUCUGACUGUCACCUUCACCACACUGCCUGAAGUGCUGAGCCCCUCGGUCAUCAUGGUUUCUGACUCGGGUUCGAGCAGCGUCAGAGUGAGCUGGGGGCCUCUGCAGGUGGAUGCGGUGCAGAGCUACAAAGUCGAGUACUCCCCUCUGCCAGGGGGCCCCGUCCGCAUGAUCACUGUCGACCGGAGUCAGAACUCCACCCUGCUGACCCGGCUGCAGCCCGACACACAGUACUUAGUCACUGUGAGUGCAGUGCAUUCGUCUGGCCAAGAGAAAGCGAUGUCUGUCAAGGUCUGCACCCAGGAAGAGCUUCUCCCACUGGCCGACCUGCAGCUGAGCCCCGUGGGUGGCGACUCGGUCCAAGUGGAAUGGAAGGGCAGUGCCGGUACCCUCCAGGGUUACUGGGUCACCUGGCAGGGGGCCAAUGGCUCUGGUCUCACCUCCUCCCGCUAUUUGCCACCAGACACACUCUCCACAGUGCUCACACAACUGCCCGCCCGCGCUCGCGUGUGUGUGUCUCCCGUGUACAGGACCGCACGAGGGGACGGCCUCUGCUGCACAGCCUCAUUUCUCUCAGACGCACCACCACGGGAUUACAGCUAUUACAGCCACUCUUAAUCGCAAGCCUGACAGACUGUGUGAAGAAGUGGGGUUGCGGGUAAUGGGGGACUGGAAAGGCUGAUGUUGGACACACAGGGAGAUCCUCACACACCCUGCAGCCUCACCACCUGAAAGCCUGGGACCCUAAAAACUGCUCUGUCCUGAAUGGGACACAGCCCUCAAGUACAGACUCACGACACUGGAUUUCUGCAUUCUGCAGAGCUACUGAGCACUUACACUGUGGUGUAACACACACAGACACACACACACAUAGAUUUUCAUGUCUUUCUAAAUUAUAUUCCUCAUGACUUUCCAUUUGAACAUGCCAACUAGGCAGUGCUACAGUUUGGGACAAUUACAUCAUGUACUUUCUGGCAGUUCAGGGCUUUACAACUUAAUUUUACGGAGGACCUUUAGAUAGCGUAGCUGAAAUCGCAAGCGUGUUCUUGUAUUGAGUAUAUAAAACAUGAAAUGAUGAAGAUAAUGAGGAGGUGUGGGUUCUUCAAGCUCAUAUGGAACUGUGAGAGCAGUGAGAAGUGGCUGUAAAUGUGUGAAAAGAGCAGGAGAUGAGGACUCCACAGCCAAUAUGUAAUUUAACACAUAUUCCAUGAUGAGUGAACAGUGAAGAAAUAACAAAAGCCACACCCAGAGGGCUUUGCCCAGAGCAGAAUUCAGGGAAAAUAUUUGAAACAGGGGAAAAAAACUUGAGCAUGUUUAGAAGAAGGAAAGAAACUCACAGUGUUUCCUUGACGACAAACACAGUAGAUGUAUGAGUGUCACACUCUGGAGUGACACUCAUCUGACAACCCAGUAAAGCUCACAGCAUCAUAACUACUAUAGCUUUACCGAACUCACACUUUCACAGAUGUGCCUUGAGCAGCUUUGCACACGCCCUGCCCCCAAACCACAAGGCACCUGAGGUGCUCGAGUGAUGGCCAUGUGUUUGGUCCUAGGGUUACCCUCCUUAGUCACCCAUGGGGGGAUGUCUAAAGGGUGGCAUGGGGUGGUACCAGCCCUCUGGGAAUAUGAUUGGUCCCCCCGGUGCCCCCCCAACGCCAUUGGGCUAGAGAACUGUCAAUCGCUGCCUGAUUUGCAAUGCGGAAUCACACUACCACGUUUUUCAAAAAGGAGGAGAGACACGAGUCAACCAUAGACCACGAGUGUGUUCAUGGUAUGAAACCACUCAAUUAUGUAUUUUCAAAUAUGUGGACUGGGAUGUUGUCAUUCUCUGCCUCAGUAAUACACAUAGGUGAACUCCAGAUAACAGCUACAGUAGUGAGUGAUGUAGCCUACCGACGACGAAAGGCUACUGAAGCCAUGAUUCCCCUAGUAAAGCCAACCUUCGUGGGUAUAAUGGCUUCAAAAGCUCGCAAGAGUCCCUUUAAAAUAUUACGUAGCUAGUUAGUUAGCUUAGCCAACGUAACUUUGGCAGACUUCCCAUGCCCCCCCAACUGGUUCUUGCCCCCCCACUGUGCCACCUCAUUUAAAAAAUCCUGGAAUCACUCCUGGUCACCCAUGACCUUUCAGCUUUUACUGCACUUGCUCAGUAUCAGGACAAGUGAGCUUAUACUUGGAAUAUACUUGUUGUAGAAAAUGACUGAAUAUCAUUCAUUUUAUUAACAUUUGACAGAGGAGCAUACUAUUUUUCAGUACUACUAAAUUCAUUAUGAAACGUGUUUACAGUGAACAGUUAAGUGCAAUAAACUGUAAUUAUGCUUUUCGAAACUCUUGUGCGUGAUCACUGAUGUGAAAACGCAUUUUUUAGUGACCUCAGGUCAGUUAGAGACAAUAAGGCAAAAACUUGCAACACAACUCGACUUCUGUAAUGAGUUACAGGUAAGGCUUUCUUCAGAUGACCCUUCUGUGAAAAUGAUGGUGUGUCAGGUAAACUGCAGGUGCUUUGCCAUGAUGGGUUUUUGUUCACAAGCAAUUGAUUGAGCUUUUUCUUGGUCUUCCAGGUAUUGACUUCAACAGCUCCCCUUAACUUCUUUUAUUUUAAUGACAUUUUGCACAGUGGUAAUUGCAAGAAGGAAUAAUUUAUUAUAUAAUAAUAAAUAUCAAUAUAUUUACAGUAUAUACUGAAAAUAUACAGGUAUGCGCCACUUUAUGUUUCGGGCAGCGAUGGACUGCAUAUACGACGGUGGUCCCAUAAAAAUAUAGUGGACUGAAAAAUUCCUAUCAAAGAGCAACGUCGUAGCCGUCGUAUGGGUUGUAACGCGAUGCAUCGCUCAGAUGUUUUAAGCGUGUUUUGUAAAC